ACAGGGCAAGAUUUAUUGAAAUGCAUGCCUACUUCAUUUUCUCAUCUGAGGUUCCUAAAGCUAAGUAUACGGUGUAACAAAGACCAAAUCCAUGUGAUAAUCUUCUUACUUAAGAGGUGUCCCAACUUAGAAACUCUGGUCAUAGAUAUUGUUGAGCUUUAUCGCUGGUACUCGUGCAAGUUCAAAUGGGGAGAGGAUAUAGAAUCCGGGCAGUCGGUGUUCAAGUGCAUGAUGUAUCACCUCAAGAAGGUUGAGAUUAGGCACUUUGGUGGACAUGAGAAUGAAAUUGAGUUUGUGAAAGUUUUUCUCAAGAAUGCAAAGGCCUUGCAGAAAGUUUGUAUUCGUUUUAGGCAGGGAUUGAUAGAUUUAAGAAUGCAAACAAAGAUUAGUGAGAUGAUACUAGCGUUGCCUAGGACAUCCUCGAAUGUAGUCAUGCUAUUCUCGUGAAACUUGAUGCUAGAUGUAUUGAUGGUUGGUUGCUCGAUUCCAUGCAACAUAUGCUUGACUUGUAUAUUAAAAGACCACAUUUCUUUUACUUUAUGUACUAACAGGGAUGGAUAUAUAGCAUAGUUUGAGAAAAACAAAAAAACUCAAUUCGUCUCAGUAAAUUGAUUAGAUAUAAUAAUGAAUUUAAAACACAAUUCUGUUCGACUUGGUGACUUGUUCAAGACUCAGUUGACCCAAUUGAGUUGACUCAGUAGAACUCGAGAAACUUAGAAAAAACCUUGUUAAAGCAGGAAAAAACUCAGACUUGACAUGCCGAGACUAUUAUAUUUAUAUAUUUUAAAUAUCAAAUGUUACCAAUUAAAGGGAUUCAAUACUGGAAAAACUAAGAACCAUUUACUUGGCUUAACCCAAAACCAUACGGUGUCAAGUCAAGUCGAGUACUUUCUAAACGAUACAGCCGGUAUGCUUGUACUACACAGGAAUGGAAAAAGAAACAGCUACGUUUGUUAGAGAAUAAUUUCUCCCAUGCAUGCUUUAGAUGUGUUAUUGAAUUGAAUUGCAAUUGUUAGGGCUCAUUCGGUAUCUAUACUCUAAUUCAAUAGAAGCUUUUCAAAUAAGAGCUACUUUAAUAAACUCUUUUUUUUUUUUUCUAUCUCUUGUUGUAAAUUAUAAGCUUGUUUGGUAAAGCCAUUUUUUAA